CGGGUGACGGCUCGAUCUCGACCGGGCCCUUCCCGGUUCCGUGGUUGUUUGGCCGGAGCUCUUUUGGGUGAUUGCCUGGGCGCCGUUUUCGAAGGCAGGAGCGUGGUGAAGCUACCCGAUCUUCUACGUUUUCUCCGAGGCCUGGAACCUACUACCUCCGGGCCUCCUGAGGGGGAAGAACCAACCGAGACGCUGUCGUACACGGAUGACACGGCCAUGAGCAGGUCGGUGGUGCAGUCCCUGCUGGCCAAGAGAGAGUUCGAUGAAGUUGACAUGGCCAAGAGGUUUGCUGAGGAGUACAAGAAGGAGCCCAACAGGGGCUAUGGGAUGGCUGUCGUCAACGUCUUCAAGAAGCUCCUGAGCCCCAAGUGCAACGACGUGUUUGAACCAGCAAGAGCCCAGUUUAAUGGGAAGGGCUCCUAUGGCAACGGCGGUGCCAUGAGGGUGGCAGGCAUCCCCCUGGUGUAUUCUGAUGUCCAGGACGUUAAGAAGUUUGCAAAGCUGAGUGCUGAGUUAACCCACGCCAACUCCCUGGGCUACAACGGGGCCAUCCUGCAGGCCCUGGCCGUGCAUCUGGCCCUGCAGGGAGAGCUCAGCAAGGAGACCUUCCUGGAGCAGCUCAUUAGCCACAUGGAAGACGUGGAGGCAGAUGAUAAGUCUCUUACUGACGCCCGAGCGCUGGGAUUUGAGGAUUUACCGUUUUCAAGGCGUCUAAAGAAAAUAAAGGAGUUUUUGGAGCUCAGCAGUGUUCCCAAAGCAGAUGUAUUGUUUGAAUUAGGGAACGGCAUUGCCGCUCUGCGCUCUGUCCCUACUGCCAUCUACUCCUUCCUGCGCUGUAUGGACGCUGACCCAGAUAUCCCUGACCACUACAACAACCUGCAGAGGACCAUCAUCUACUGUAUCUCUCUGGGCGGAGACACAGACACCAUUGCUACCAUGGCAGGAGCCAUCGCAGGGGCUUAUUACGGGGAGGAACAGAUCCCCCCGAGCUGGGAGCAGAGCUGUGAAGCUUUUCAAGAGACGCAGAAGCUGGCAAAUAGCUUGUAUGAACUCUACAGCCAGCGGCUCUGAGCUCCCAGGGCAGCCUCCUUGCUGAAGGCAAAGCGGGUGGUCACCUCUGCUUUUCUGGUGAGAAACGUGGUGGUGGAUCCGUGCCAUCUGCAGACGCCAGCGAGCCCUGGCUUGAGAGAGACACCUCCUGCUGAGAGCCAAGAGCUGGAAGCACGGGCUGGUUUGGAAGAGGGGGGACAUGGCCAGCAGUUGGGGUUCAGCUGGGAAGCGGCUGCAUGUGGUGCCUUGGACAGUGGCUGUGUCUCCUCUGAAGUGUAUAGAGCAUCGAGUUUUUCAUACGAUUUCUGCUUCUUGCUUUGUCCCACCCCGAUGCCAUUGUGUGACUUUGUCAUUGCAGUCACUCUGACUUUCUUGCUGUUUUCUUUCUGUGUGCCCUGGCCUUGUCUCAGUUGUUAGUGGCCUGUCCUGUGGUGGCUUCGGCAGGCUCCAGCGCCCCUCUGAAUACACCAAGGACGCUUGGAUGACCAGCUAAAAGGUGUAGGUGGGGGUUAUCAGAGAGGCACAUCCCUGGAGAGCCCGGGACGUCCUGCGUGGUGGCACGGGUCACCUCCUGUGCUGUGGAGUGAGGGUGCUGGAGCACAGACCCCCCAGGGAGAUUCGCUUCCUUAAAGGCAGAGUGAAAAGUGGUGGAGAUUGGAGAGGGGAUUUCUUUGCGUGGCUACUGGCAUUGUGAGAAACACCUUUGGUGCUCACAGACACAAUCCCAGCUGGCUCGUUUACUGUUGGAAGAGGGUGUAGCCAAUUACUGCCCCUUUGCUGUCCUGUGCUCUGCUGUCCACCUGCCACCACCCUCACCUGUGGCAUUUUGUGUUGCUUUAUGUGGCUCUCGCACUGCCCCUGCUCUGGCUGUCCCUGCUCUGGCUGCCCCUUUGCUCCUGAUCCCUGUGGCCCGAGUUUUUGUUGCUGUCCUGUGUCUGCCCAGAGCACCCAGUGAGGCUGCGGUUUAAAUCUGAGUGGAGGUAGUUGUGAAACCUCGUGUUACACAAGGCUGGAAUUCCUGGUUCUGCUGCAGUCAGUGACAAAAAUGAACUGGGCAGGAAGCAGGAGUUACUCCUCAGAGUUUUAAAACUUUGUA